AUGCUGUCACGGCGUCUUGUGCAAUUACUACAACUCUGCACGUACGGUUCCCAGACAUCCCUGGCAGGGCUGCAAUGGCUCGGCCGGCGCUGCAGGCGCUCGAGCCUGCGACUGGAACGGGCGCUGCGGAGCACUUCAUCUCGUUUCGGCGCAAGUUUCGGAGCUGGAGCUUUGUUAACAGCUCCCGCAGCUGCGGGCGUAGCAGCGGCGGGGAGUCCAUCCCCGGAUGGCGGAAGCGGCGGCACUAACGGCCAACGGCCUAGGAAGGCGUUGUCGGAGUUCGGCCACCCGGCACGUCGCGCCACGGACGUGUUUCUUGUCCUCAACGCGCUCAUCUACGCCCUCAACUGGCUUUCUAAGGACGUACUGCUGCUGUGGGGAUGCAAGGUCAAUGCCCUGAUCGCUGCGGGUCAGUUGUGGCGGUUGGUGACUCCGCUGUUCUUGCAUUCUAACGCCUUCCACCUGCUGAUCAAUAUGCACGCGCUCCACACCCUAGGCCCCCAGGUAGAAGUGGUUUCGGGGAGCAAGAGGACGAGCGUCGUAUACCUGGCUUCGGGUGUACUGGCCAGCCUGGCCAGCUUCAUGUGGAGUCCCCUGCCUUCCGUGGGGGCGAGUGGAGCCGUGUUCGGACUGGGUGCCGCAUUGGGUGUGUUUUACUGGCGGCACCGUGAUGUGUUGGGUCCCGCCAGUGAGAGCGGCCUCCGCAGUCUGGGUUUGGCAGCCGCCAUCAACAUCGCGUAUUCGCUCGUGAGCAAGCGGAUUGACAACUUCGGCCACCUCGGCGGACUCCUCGGCGGCGCACUGCUGUCGUACCUUCUGGGCCCUGUGUUUGUCGUGGUGAAGACGGGAGAGGAGGGAGGAGGACGGGGGCUGCUGCAGGACUUGCCGCCGAUCCGCUGGCUGGCGUUCAAAGCACCGGCGGGUGCUGGGGGCCCCCCGCUGCCGCUCAGGAGACGGCGCGGGUCGAUUGCGGGGGAGGCGGGUAGCCCGGAGGGCAGGUGGAAGGCAAUGUGGACCCAUGCUGAUGGCGAUGUCGAUGUCGAUGUCGAUUCCGAUGUCGGUGUAAUCCGUUGCACGGGUAUAUGCGCUUGUCGCCAGCUGCUACAUUUUUCCAUGCAAAGGGGCGAGUGUGGCCGUUUGGAGAUACGGGUACGGUGGCAUGGCAUGGCACCAGGAUAUGUGGCAGCAGGACCACCUUAGGUGCAAACCGACUGUAACUAUUUUGGCUGCU